GUAAAUUAUCGCGGCAGUACAAGUUCAAACCUUGCGCGAUUCUGUUGCAUAUUUGGCGGGUUGCAUUGCAAAAGCUCUAUCUUGUUCUACUGUCUUGUUCGGAGAAGUGCGAAUGAACGUAUCAACAUAAAACUGCAUCUGCGAUAUUUAUAGGAGAUUUCCAGGAGUGGAGUACUACACUUGCGAUGACAAACAGACUAAGCGAUUCAGGGGCAAUCGCUUUCGACGUAUUAACGAAAGAGAAUUAUCGAAGUUGGCGAGUGAAAGCCGAAGCUUUGUUGAGAGUAUCUGAUCUUUGGGAUCAUGUCGACAAAGACGAAGAAUCAUCCGCGGUGGGUGAGUUAUGGAUGAAAAAGGAUGAAAUAGCUAAAUCAAAAUUGAUUUUACAUAUAAGCAGCGAGCUGCUUCUGUUGCUCGAAAAUUGCACAACUGCGCGCGAAGUUUGGUCGAAACUUGAAAAUGUUUAUGAUAAUAAAGAUAAAGACGGUGAAGAUUCAACAGAUGAUUGUGAAGAUAACGAUGAAGAUGACAUUAUAAAUGCUAUUGAAGAUAGUGUUGAAGACUUUUUUAACAUGAUUAAGAUAUUGAGAUUUUCAAAAGAGGAAACUUUGAUGGAUUUUAAGAAAUUACUAAGCUCUUUUUUCACCAAUGAUUUAUCCUCAAGAUUAAAAACAAAUAAUGCUGGAAAUUUGCGGUAUGAAGAAAAGAUCGUAAACACUGUCGGUGAUUUUAUCGAUGUCAUUGAUAAAUUAUCCAAUAUUGAAAUACAGGAACAACAGAAAGAAUUGGUCUUCAAGUUUAUUGAUACUUUACUUGUGAUAUUUGAUAUUGAGCCACAUAAAAAUGAUAACGAUGAAGCAGAAAGUGAUGCUGACGCAGCGAAAAUACCAUAUGAUAACAUGAACGGUGACAAGAAGAUGAAAAAAGAUGGAAUGACGGGUAAAGAGAUUUCGUCACAGGCCUCUGAUAAUACGAAUACCGAGUUAUUCGGAGACGAUGAGACAGAUGAUGAAACAGAGGCUGAGGCGGAGACUGAGACAAGAAAUUUAUUGGGAAAAUUGGCUGAUAUCUGGAGGAAAAUGUUGCAAUCCAAACAGCAGGUCGAUCAUGAGGAAUUUCCGUGCGAGUUGGAAAACAGAGAUUCAAUACGCUCAGUGAUGGAUUUUCCCAAUCCACCGCCUACACUGAGUCUUAAGAAGACGCGUAAAUGCGGAGUGUGUCGCGAAGAAGGACACAACAGAACGACCUGUCCAAUGAAUAAAUCAGAUGCAUCCAAGUCGAUAAUUCAACCUUCCAAAGUCACCAAAAGUCCCAAGAGAUCAUAUAAGUGCGGAGUAUGUGGCAACGAAGGACACAACAGAACGACCUGUCCAAUGAAUAAAUCAGCUGCAUCCGAGUCGAUAAUUCAACCUUCUAAAGUCACCGAAAGUCCCAAGAGUUCAUAUAAGUGCGGAGUAUGUGGCAGAGAAGGACACAACAGAACGACCUGUCCAAUGAAUAAAUCAUCUGUUUCCGUGUUUAAAACUACUGCUGAUAAAGCCACCGAAACAUCACAUGAAGGCGGCGUACGUGGUCACCAAGGACACGAGGGAUGGACGUACUCACAGCUGGGAUCAGUUACUUCAUCACCCAAACCUGCUGCAUCCAGCACUCCUGCGAGAACUCACGGAUCGGGACUAUUUGGAGGAGAAGAACACAACAGAUCAACACGCUCGCGCGAUUCUGUGACAUCCAGGGCUUCAACGAGAGCCACUCCUAGAUGCAGUACCUGUGGCGGUGAAGGUCACAACAGUAGAACUUGCGGCCGUCGCAGCACUUCGUCAUCGUCCUAUAACUACAUGUUCACACCAUCUCCUUCGAUGUCAUUCUCUGGGGGUGGUCGCAGUUAUACGUGCGGAAAUUGCGGUGGUUCAGGACACAAUCGGAGAACAUGUACACAAUAAUUUGCAUCCCAAGGUGUCGACGUAUUUCUCAACAUUACUUCAAAUAUGAAACGUGAACGAAAACGUCGACUUGUGCCUUCCAUAUUUUUCGUGAUUAUUACUUAUGUAUAACAUUUUCCGUAACAUCAAAUAAAUCUAUACUUUUG